AUGGAGAUGGACGAAGUUGAGGAAGCACCAGUUGAAAUGGAAGCAGACUUGGAAAUGGAGGUAGAUCGACCUUCGGGGAUCCCACCGCCAAGGAAACUCGGCAAGCGUGGAUGGUGGCUGCAACCGGUUCACUUGCAGAAUCCGCUGGUGAUACACGUGGAGGCAUCGCUGCUGGAGUCCAUCUUCGGCCCCAACAUGGUUCUCCUCAAGCUCUUCGAGAGAGUAAACGAGACACUUCUGGACGUGAAAGUGGAAGACCCUUUGGGCGACGCUGAGAUCACCAUCAUCGGGCGCCCAUGGCACAGAAAACGGGCCGAGUGGCUACUGCAGGCCAUGGCCGGCAUUCAUCGUCACAGCCGCUUCAAAGGCCCUCGCCCUUACCCUGCUGUACUCAUUACAGGCGAUGAGGUGGUGUCACUGGAACAAGCCAUGAGCAUGCUGGAAGUGCACCCGGAGUCUGGCGAAAACUGA